CUAAAACCCAAUCUCCCAUAUACUGCUAAUAGCUAAACCGCUUGGACUAUAAAACGCAACAAAUCAUAAAGACCAAGGGAAAGAACAGACGCUGUUCCUCUGCUUUAUUAUUAUUAUUAUUAUUAUUAUUAUUAUUAUUUCCAAUGAGUUCUUAUUUUGUCAACUCUACUUUUCCGGUGAGCUUAGCCGGGGGUCAAGAACCGUUUCUGGGACAGCUCCCCUUAUAUUCCACGGGGUAUGCGGACCCUUUAAGGCACUACCCUGCCACUUAUGGAACUGGGGGUGGGGGGGUCCCGGAUAAAGGUUACCCGGGAGCGCCUUACUACCAGCAAGCCAACGGAGCUUACAACCGGAGCCCAGCCUGCGAUUACGGGACAUCUGGUUUUUACAGAGAGAAAGAGACAGCCUGUUCUCUUUCGAGUUUAGAGGACCCUGUUCCGUUCGGCCAGGAGCAAGUCCGGAAGUCAGAUUGCUCCCAGAACAAACACGCUUUCGGGGAGAGCGAAGACCAGAAGUGCUCCACGCCGGUGUACCCAUGGAUGCAGAGGAUGAACUCCUGCAACAGUAAGUUCCUCUUUUCUCUCUGUUCUCUGUAAGGAUGGCCAGACAGACAGACAGACAGACAGACGGAUAGAUAGGUAGGGAGGGUUCCCUUUCACCUCAUCUCUUUCUGAGCAGGAAACGCUGCCCUUCUCGUCUCAGCUUCCAGACAGCGGGAAGCAGAAACUUUCCUCAAACUUUUAUCCUACUUAGAUCAUAACUUCCAUAACGAAGGUUUGAGUGUAUGUGAGUGUGUGCGCGCGUGUGUAUACAUAUAUAUUCUUUGCACGAGGUUCCCUCCAGUGAGUUCGUUUCUUUAGCCAACUUUCUGUUAUCUGGGGAGGUACGGAGAUUAUUGAUUGACCGGCUCUGUCUUGUGGAAGGCAAUGUUAGCUGUCACUCAGGAGGAGUGAUUUAGAGACGUGUCUGGUGUACUUACACACAAACACACACACACACACACACACACACACACGCACGAUGCAAUCCAUAUCACACUGAAGUCCCCCCCCACCUGAAUUUAAUGGACUUGGUUUUAGCCCCCUUCUCAUAUCUCCACACCCCCCCCCACACACACCUUGGCCAAUUCAUAUCCCAGAGAGUGUAUUUCUAUAACCCAGCCAGUUGAAUAAUGUCGGAAGGGCUUAAAUAUUUGAAAGGAGAGAGCUACAUUUUUAAUGAAACUCACACAUAAUGAAAUGCCUGUCUGGAGAGGAGUUGCAGAUAGUUUCUCUUUCACUCACUCACUCAUUCCCAUACUCUCUCUCUCUCUCUCUCUCUCUCUCUCUCUCUCUCUUCCCCACCCCCACCCCUUCUGUGAUCGACCAUGGCCCUCCAGGUGCUAGAUUUUCCAUGAAAACACAUUCUUGAAAAUGAGGUGGAAACAGCAGCCUUUCCUCCUCCCUUCUCUGUGUUUACACGUAUUAUACGUUGUCGAUCUCAAAAAUUCCGGAGUGGGCAGAUGUUGGGCGGGGAGGGGGGGGAAUCAAUAAACUUACCUUAUUGCUGAAACUCUGGAAUCUAUUCCAGUUACCGAUAAAAUACGCGGGGUGGGGGUGGGGAGGGAAAACAGAAGAGAAGGGGAGAGGAGGAGGAGGGACCCAGUACCUUGCAAGUUUUACAUAACAGAAAGGAACUGCCCCAGAAGAAAACUGAAGUAAGGAUAGAAAGGGAAUUCAUAACCUCCCAUGAUAUCUGUCCGGAAAUAAGUGCGUAAAGGGGAGGCAAACGCCUUAGCAACUCUCUCAGGACAAAAUCCUGCAAGCCUUUCCACUGCGACCCUAAAAACACAUUAGCUGGGAAGCUAAGUCUCAUUGAUUUCUAUGCGCCAUUACUUCCCAGUGGCACCUCGAUCCUGAGCUCAUUUACUUUCCAGAAAGUCUUACUGCUUCUCUUCGGUGGGGUUUUCCUUCCAAGCUUUUAAGUUGGCUUUGGGGGACCACAAGCUCUAAGAGUAACGCGUUCCGCUCCCAAACAGCAUUAUUCCAAAAGUGAAAUCUCGCGGAGCCCACGGGGGUUUACUCCCAAGGCAGUAUGCAUAGGACCGCAGCCUUAGCCCUCCGUGAACUCCGCUCAGUGGGGGCACUAGAGUCCACAAGGCAGGGAAACGCAAGGGUGGGUGGGUGGGGGAAGGGUGGGUGGACCUUUUCUGCUUGGAGGAGCUAAGCUCCAUAGAACAGGAACAGCAAGCUUUCGAGUUACACAGAUCUCUUCUUCGAGGUGUUUAUUAUCAUUAUUUUCUUUUGAAAGGAUUGCAUGUGUUGAUUGGCCAGGCUGCAAGUUUUGAAGCUCAGCCUUUUGGGAGCAGGGAUGGGCCUCUCCAGAGAGCAUGCUUAUGCAUGGGGGCAAUGUCCCCACACAACUACAACCCAAAUGGAGUGCAGGAUUAUUUUGGAAGACCUUUCGAAAGCAUCAAGUGAAGGCAACCCAAACUGAGUUUCUGUUUUCUUGUAUGCAUCUUCAUUCCUUCAUUCCUUUAAUUUCCUAUCCUUUUGGAAGUUUAUGUUUACAAAGAGGGCCUUUCGAUCGGAGAGAUUAGAGGACUGGGAUGCAGUGGGGGGGGGGGAUGGCCACAAGCAGAGGGGAAAUGAAGAGAACACCUUCUCUCUCACACACACAACACACACACACACACACACACACACACACACACACACUGGUUAGCCUAGUAGCCAUUGUCAUGCAUAUUUGAAGCUCCCAAUAAAUGUCCAACGUCCUUUUCAACCAACCCUUGUUUUCCUCCCGUCGUAGGUUCCUCUUUCGGGCCGAGUGGCAGGCGAGGGAGACAGACCUACACCCGUUACCAGACCCUGGAGCUGGAGAAAGAAUUCCACUUUAACCGUUACCUGACCAGGCGCCGCCGGAUCGAAAUCGCCCACGCGCUCUGCCUGACGGAACGCCAGAUCAAGAUCUGGUUCCAGAACCGAAGGAUGAAGUGGAAAAAGGAAAACAAGCUACUCAACUCCACUCAGCUGAGUGCCGAGGAAGAAGAGGAAAAAACAACGGAAUGAGAGAGAGAUUGCAGAGGAAGGAGGGAGAGAGAAGGAAGACAGCGAAAAUGCCAACGGUUGUGAGGGGCUCCCAAAAGGGCAAAAAUAAAAGGCACAGCGGAGACACACAUUUUUUUUUGUAAAAUACCCGAGACUGUAUGGAGGUGUUGGCCCAUCUUCCUCAUGCACCCUCUCUCGCAUCCAGUAAUCUGUCGUGUCAUAAUCAAGCUUCUAGUCCAGUUUAUUUCCCUAUUCUUUCUGUUGGCCCUUCCUCUUCCCCGCCCCCGCACCACAAACGGAUUUUUUUUUUUUAGGGUGUCCUUCUUAGGAUUCUUGCUAACUCUUGUAUUUAAAUGGAGGUGCUGCAAUAUAUGUGUCAGAUUUUUGGGGUUGUUGAUUGUCUUCAUUUUGUAAAACAAAAGUCUCAUGCACGAUUUUACUUAUAUGUUGCUUUUUUAAAAAAGAAAAGAAGAGUUAAACUAGGUUCUUUGACAUUUAAGGGUUGCUGUUGCUUUUUUUUUUAAAGAAAAGAUCUAUUGAAAAGGAACAAUUGCUACCUAAAAAAAUAUGGUGAAAUAAAAAAAAUAGGAGGGGUGUUUUUGUUUGUUUUAUUUUAUUACAUUUUUUUGUACAGUGUUGUGUUUGUAGUUUGUGUUAGUUAUGGAGAUGGAAGUUCUCUAAUAAACAGCAAACAAACAUGUUGAGAAAAACACUUGGCACGUUCCUAUUUUUAGGGUGUGCGUCCUCCUCCCCUCUCCACACUCAUAUACACACACACACACAUAAACACACACAGAGAUACUUUUUUCCUGAGGAAUUGGUCUA